ACAAAAAUGUUGUUAGCCAAUGAGAUUUUCUUCAUUCUUCUUCUCCUUCUUCAAUCUGGUUCACUUUCCAUUGCAAUUCUACAUCCAAUUGAUUUCCUAGCUCUACAAUCCAUUCACAAGUCGAUCCAUGAUAUGCCAGGUUCGAAAUACAUGUCUUCGUGGGUUUUCACCUCGGAUCCCUGCAACUUCACCGGCGUCUCCUGUAACAAUGACAAAGUUGUAGCAUUGAAUCUCGGCGAACCCAGUGCCGGUUCCCCCGGUCUGUUCGGUCAGAUUGAUCCGUCUAUCGGCAACUUAUCAUCCCUUGCGGAGUUCACAAUCUCCCCCGGUCGAAUCAAUGGCUCUCUUCCACCGUCAAUGUCGAACCUGAAGAAUCUAAGAUUUCUGGGUAUUAGCAGGAAUUACAUCUCCGGCGAGAUUCCAACAAGUUUUGGCCAAUUAAAACAACUUCAAACUUUGGAUCUCAGUUACAAUCAGUUAACCGGAAAAAUUCCAGAUACAAUCGGAGCCUUGCCGGAGCUAUCCAACGUCAUUCUAAGUUACAAUCGUCUAUCCGGUUCCAUUCCAUCAUUUCAAUCACAAUACUUAACAAGACUCAACCUUAACCACAACGAUCUCUCCGGUCCCAUUCCAUCAAAUUCUCUCCCUUCAUCUCUCGAAUACCUCUCAUUAUCCAAGAACCGGUUCAUAGACCCAGUUGACAAACUCCUAACUCGGUUAACCAAUCUGAACUACAUCGACCUCAGUGUAAACCGGUUCACCGGCUGUAUACCCAACAUCAUUUUCACCUUCCCUAUAGUAAAUCUUCGACUACAGAAAAACUCAUUCGAUUGCCCGAUCCAACCUGUGAGUCAAGUUAAUAUCUCCAUCGUUGAUCUAAGUUUCAACAAAUUUUCCGGCGAGAUAUCUCCGAUGUUCUCUACGGUUGAAAAUCUUUACCUGAAUAAUAACCGGUUCACUGGUGAAGUUUCGGGCAGGUUUGUGGACGGUUUAAUUGCGGCCAAAAUGAAGGUGUUGUAUCUACAGGAUAACUAUCUGAGAGGGAUUGAGAUUAAACCGGCGAUGCAGAUUCCGGUUCACAGCUCUUUUUGUUUGCAGCAUAACUGUAUGGUCCCACCGGUCCAGACAAUUUGUCCAUUGAAGGAUGGGAGAGAAAAUAUAAGGCCAUCCUGGGAGUGCUUACAAAUUUCUAAACCCUAAACGUUAAAUGUCACUAACUAAUAAAUUUCAAAAAAAACAUACUUACUAGCAUUCAGUAUGAUAUU